AUGAUGAGUAAAAUUUCAACCACUGACUUUUUUUUGUUUAAUUUUAGGUAUAAUGGAUCCCUCCCUAAUGGUGACAGAGGACGCAGGAAAAGCAGAUUUGCCCUUUAUAAGCGACCUAAGGCAAAUGGAGUUAAGCCCAGCACCGUUCACGUGAUUUCUACUCCUCAAGCAUCGAAGGCGAUCAGCUGUAAAGGUCAGCACAGUAUCUCCUACACAUUAUCCAGAAACCAGACUGUUGUAGUGGAGUAUACUCAUGAUAAAGAUACAGACAUGUUUCAGGUUGGGAGGUCAACAGAAAGCCCCAUAGACUUUGUAGUAACAGAUACCAUUUCUGGAAGUCAAAAUAAUGACGAAACCCAGAUUACGCAAAGCACCAUAUCCCGUUUUGCCUGCAGGAUUGUUUGUGACAGGAGCCCACCCUACACAGCAAGGAUUUUUGCAGCUGGAUUUGAUUCUUCUAAAAAUAUAUUUCUUGGUGAAAAAGCAGCAAAAUGGAAAAAUCCCGAUGGCCACAUGGAUGGAUUGACAACUAACGGGGUGCUGGUCAUGCAUCCCAAAGGAGGCUUCACGGAGGAGUCCAAACCUGGAGUUUGGCGGGAGAUCUCGGUCUGUGGUGAUGUGUACACUCUCCGGGAGACCAGAUCUGCUCAACAAAGGGGGAAAUUGGUGGAAAAUGAGACCAACGUCCUACAAGAUGGCUCUCUCAUUGACCUGUGUGGGGCCACCCUUCUGUGGAGAACGGCUGAUGGACUGUUUCACACUCCGACUCAGAAACACAUCGAAGCUCUGCGACAGGAGAUAAACGCUGCCAGACCACAGUGUCCUGUUGGGUUAAACACUUUAGCAUUUCCCAGCAUCAACCGUAAAGAUGUGGUGGAAGAGAAGCAGCCUUGGGCGUACCUCAGCUGCGGUCACGUUCAUGGCUAUCACAACUGGGGACAUCGCAGUGACACAGAAGCCAACGAGCGGGAGUGUCCCAUGUGCAGAACCAUUGGCCCUUACGUGCCUCUCUGGCUUGGUUGCGAAGCGGGCUUUUACGUGGAUGCUGGUCCUCCAACUCAUGCUUUCACCCCUUGUGGACAUGUGUGCUCUGAGAAAUCUGCAAAAUACUGGUCUCAAAUCCCACUGCCUCACGGUACUCAUGCAUUUCAUGCUGCCUGCCCUUUUUGUGCAACACAACUGUCUGGGGAGCACAACUGCAUCAAGCUGAUUUUUCAGGGUCCAAUUGACUGAUAUCACUUUGCAAUGACCACAAUAACAUUGUCUUUAACAAUUUACUGUGAAGAUUUUGCCACUAACUCUAGAUUUUACCUUUUUUUAUAAUGUUAUUAAUAAGGUGGUAGGGUGGGGAUGGGGAACUGAAGAGGAAAUGGCGAGGGACUGUGGUGGAAUUGGGAUACAUUGAUACCUGGAACUUGACAGAUAUCAGUGGUGUUGCAUGCUCAAAAGCAGCAUAUUCAUGAAGUCUUCUUGGUCAAAUUGUAGUAUAUUUGUAAUCUUUUUAUUAGUACCCUGGAUCAGAAAAAGGUGUCUUAAUGAUUUUUUUAAGCUAAGAUUUUUUAAUGGAAAGGUUUUUUCUUCUAAACUUUGACAAGCCUUUAAAAACCUAUUUUUCAAAUCUAGAAGGAACAUACAGAAUGUAACUGUCUUUAAUUUGCAAUAUAAUUUAACUUGAAUAGUUUCUCAAGGAGCUAAUACAGAAUGUGUGGACAACCAUAGGUGAAUGUUCACUAGAGAUAAUUGGAUAUGUAAGAGAAAAAUUAGCUGCCUAAAUUGUAGAGUAUAAAAGCUAUUAAAAUAUCUAUUACGGUAUAACACAGCUGGCCAAAAAGGCAUCAAGGAUUACUUGAAACUGAGGAAAUCCUGUUUGCAUUGAUUUCCUUUCAAUGUAAUAGAUAUCCACUGUUCAUUAUGUAUGGUAUAUGGCUGAUUUAUUUUUUUUCUUCUUUUUUUCCCCUGUUUAACCUGCAUCUGGUGAAACUGCUUUACUCUUUCCAUACUUAGUUCUGGUUUUUAAGCCAAUGUUCUGUAUAUGCAUAGUGUGGCCUUUUUAUUUCUGCUUCAGUUAGCUUGCCCUAACUGCUCCUUGCAUGCCCAGGAACCAUUGGGUUAAUUGAGAUGUAGCAAGCCAUUAAAAACUGUGUUAAUGAAGGGGUAGUGCUGCAGCAAGACAGGAGGUUUAGGUACAACUUACACAGAACUCACUUACAUAGCCCUGAAUUCAGGAGAGCACUUAGUUUGUGUUUAAAUAUAAGCCCAUGGAUGGGACUGUUUAGAUUCUCAAGUGCUUCAAUGGAUUGUGGUUAUAUGCUGUUAUGUUUUGAAAGGAAAAAAGCAAUUAAGUUAUUUUUUUUAAGCUCCCUUACUAGCCAAAAUGCUGUAAGGAGAGCAUCGUUUCUAGUUCAGCUGAGUAUUUUUGUUCAGUUUUCAACUUGCUGCCAUCUGUCACCUUUUUUUGCAGAUUGAAAUGUGUUUGUAUCUUUUUUUUUUUCAAAUGUUUGCAAAUCAAACAACAUUCAAAUGUAAUCAAAUAUAUGCACCAGGGUGGUACAUCUGAAAUGGAUCACUUGAAAUUCCUGACUUUUUUAAGAGAGCUGAUAAAUGUUUACUAUGGAAAUAAUUAAAUCAGAAUUUCAUAUGAGAUGUACCCCGCCCACUGUUAGUUUCAUUUCAUACAGAAUGAUAACUCUUUGAUUUGUGGGUUUUUUUUCUUUUGCUUUCUGUACUCUUGGUAUCUGAGGUAUCAAUCUAUCCAGGUUUAAAAAAAAAAAAUAGAAUUUGGGAGAAAAUUAUAACAUCUCCAGAUGAAAUUGAUCAUUCAAGCUCAGUUCUGUUUAAUCAACUAUAGCUUUUUGCUAUACUUGUGCCCUUUGUAAAAAUAUAUAAUUUAUAUGAUUUUAAUAUAUUCUGUAUAUAUACUUGAAUUGGCCUGUUCAUAUUUUGGUUGUAAAAUUGUUUUAUAGUUAACCUUAUAAACAUUUUACAUGUCCCUUGCCAAUGGUGAUGGGAUGUACUUUGUCUGCUGCUGUUUUUAAUAUAAUUUUGCUGUAUAAA